AUGUCCCAGGCGAGUGGCCAGCCUCCUCCUCACUGCGACGCGCCCCAUGGAGCCCCCAGCGCAGCUCCGGGCCCAGCCCAGACCCCAUCACUCCUUCCUGGGCUGGAGGUAGUGACCGGAUCUGCUCACCCUGCGGAGGCAGCGCUUGAGGAGGGCUCCCUGGAGGAAGCAGCAGCACCCUCCAUGACCCAAGGCAAUGACCCUGGGGCCCCCCAGGCCCUGAACAGCACUGACCUCGAUGUCCCCAUAGAAGCUGUGACACGCCAGCCCCAGGGGAACCCCUUGGACUGCACCCCACUAGUGGCGAAUGGCUCUGGCCACCCCUCGGAGCUGGGCGGCGCCAGGCGGACGGGGAAUGGUGCCCUGGGUGGCCCCAAGGCCCACCGGAAGUUGCAGACGCACCCAUCUCUCGCCAGCCAGGGCAGCAAGAAGAGCAAGGGCAGCACCAAGUCCGCUGCCUCCCAGAUUCCCCUCCAGGCGCAGGAAGACUGCUGCGUCCACUGCAUCCUGUCCUGCCUGUUCUGCGAGUUCCUGACGCUGUGCAACCUGGUCCUGGACUGCGCCACCUGCGGCUCCUGCAGCUCCGAAGACUCCUGCCUCUGCUGCUGCUGCUGCGGCUCCGGCGAGUGCGCCGACUGCGACCUGCCCUGCGACCUGGACUGCGGCAUCCUGGACGCCUGCUGCGAGUCGGCCGACUGCCUGGAGAUCUGCAUGGAGUGCUGCGGCCUCUGCUUCUCCUCCUGA